AUGUAAAAGUUCAUUAACCCAUUCAACAAUGAAUUCGUGGCUGAGGAUUACUUGGACAAUUCGAUGAGUUUGUACUUCUAACCGGGAGAUCUGUAGAGGAUAGAUUACCAAUUUCAUAAGCACAUCACUAAGGAUUACCAGGGACAAAUCAAAAUAGAAGGAUUGCUGGAUGAGUAAGAGUGGAGUAUCUUCUCGACCAAUUCGUUCAAACAGAUCUACGAAGGUAAGAACACUGCAGUCUGGUCUCGUAUUGUCUUUGUGCGCAGUAAUUUCUCAACCAGUUAUAACCGAGAAUACCAGACGGUGACUGACUUGUUAUCCAAAAUUGGAGGCUUGUCUCAAUCGGUGAUUUCUAUUGUAGGAGUAAUAAUUACUUAUUAUAAUAGAGCACAAUUUUAUUUGGAUAUAUCCAAUCGUCUUUACGAUUAUGAUUUCAACGGCGAACAUGAUCAAGGUACCAAAGGUUCUGGCUAGGUUGACCCUCUCCAAUUCAGUGUCUAACUCCAUCAGGAAUCUUCUCAGCCCCUUAAGAAGAAGAGGAAAGCUCAGGACAAAACAGAUGCUAUCAAAUAGCCAGUAGAGGAUUCAAUGGAGGAAGACCCCCAAUUCAAAGAGCGAGUAUUGAGAGUGGUCGAGGAGCAGAAACAAAUCAUGGACAAAUAUUAGUUUAAGAGUAGGAAACACUUCCUAUUGGCAACCUUCCAACAAACCAUAUUGAUGAAGAAGUCCAUCUAACUUAGUAUCAAAUACUUCUUCUACAAACUCUUCUGUCGGAAGUCAGAUCCCAAAGAAGAUCCUCAUUUAUUCGUUUUGUAGAAGGCGUUGAAUUCAGUUAGACAGGAAUUAGAUGUAUUCUCGAUUCUGAAUCGAAUUCAUCAAUUGGAGAAGUUGAAGAAAAUCCUAUUGGACAGAGAUCAACUGAUUCUGUUUAAUUAUUCCCCCAAGCCAGUGAUUGCCGUUUAUGAGAAGGACAAGGAAACAGAUUUCCUACACUACUCCAAACAGCAAUCUCUGAAGCAAAUGACCUUGAUAGAGGUGGCAGAAGACAUUAAGAAGCGAAUGAAGACAACUUUCUUAUCAAAAGAGCAUCUUAGCAUCGAAAAUGUGUUCAACUCUUACAAAGCAAUAGCUGCCAAGAACAGGAAGUCCAAUCGCUAUUAUUACAAGAUCAACAGGAAGUUGAAGUAAUUCCUGGGAGAUCAAGUGAAGGCCAUCAUCAAGGCCUCCAAGUUAUUGAGAUUUCCUGAAGAUGAUUAGAUACCAGACAUGGGUGUUCUGGAGAUUAUGUCAGUGGGAGGAGAGACUGCAGCUCAAUACCCAUUGAGUAUGCGUCCAUCUGUGAAUAUAAAUCAUCAAUACUAAUGA